AUGAACCUCAGUCACCUUUGUCUUUCUAUACCCUGGGCUGGUAUACCCUUCCAGCUUACCACCAGCAAUUUUUUUUGCUCCCUAACGGUGCGUUCUAAAGUCACUGUGCUGCUACCUGUACACGCACGAUCAAAUUUACAUAUAUACUUGGCCUUAAACGCGCUUCGCCACAUUUUAGCCUAAUUAUCUCUUUUCCUGCAUGGCAUUGUCUCCAAUCGUUUAUCUUUUCAAAGACAAAUGUGGGACCCCAUCGUCUGGUAUUAGGACUUCGUAGAUGUCAUGAACAUGUAGUUAAUAUUUACUGCCUUUGGCGUCUGAAAUUGCUGUUAAGCAGCUAGAUGUUCAGACUGGGUUCUGCGCCCAUGUCGUUCAUGCAAACAAACAACUGGUCGAGGAGCGAUCAUCGAUUCUCGGACAAAUUAUAGGUUUUUUCUGACCUUUUGAUAUCAAAUUAGCUUAUUUUUCCCAACUAGACCUUGUUUCUCACCAGCUAGCUUCCCGUUAGCACAGGAUUGCUGGUUAAGCAAACUAGUCUAUCUGCUUGCCCCUGGUAACACCGGCAUAAAUGUCGAUGUGAUCUAGUGCCCCUCAGUGGAAGCUACAGCAUGACGAACAGCACCCCGUCAACACUUCUGCCCGUCAUUUUAAUUAUCGACAAUCUUCCAACACUGAGCUUGAAUGCAGCCUCUUGUGGACGUUUAGAUAAUUUCCACAGCAAGUGCACCACAGUUCUUCGGUCCUACCUAGACCGGUCAGGUGUUAGGUGGUAUCCUGUCGGCUGUCUAUCUUUAUUUGCACCAAACCGAUCCUUUUUUGUUUGUCACAACAUAGCAAAUGAGUGGCUCCCUGCAAUGCCGGAGGCCCGUUUUCCCUAUUUUCAAUAUUCACAGAACUGGGCGCUUUCGUUAUUAUGCGUUUUAAAGACCAUGUUACAUUUUACAAGAGAGAUGUGACACGCACGCCGAACUGUUGCAUAGCACUGUUCUACGGGCUCACCAGACGUAAUUCAUCUUUGGUAUUUCGGCAUCCCUUGAAAUACGUUUAUAGAAACGUUGUGACAAAGUUGACGUACCCCUAUUGCAAUAGUGCUUUUCGUAGAGUGCAAUCUGCAGGCUGAUUAGUCUUCGCCAACCUUAUUUUCUGGCACCGGUUAGUAACGCAUUGUUACAAGAGGCAAUCCAGUCUCCUUUUACGUAUGAGAUUUCUCUACAUUCAAACUGAUGGGGUUUCAGGUACUGAAUUGUCCUGACCAUCCUGCUCCUUCUACUUCCCAAUCUUGUUAACUGCUGACGGACUCUAAAAUUGCUACACUUUAUUCUGUUCGCUCGCUGUUCUGUCCCACAUUGGCUACACCUACUCAUUAUUUCGUGGUUAUGUGUUCUGUCCCGGUAGAAAUUGCCCUUAAUACACGUACACCCCUCGUCCAGAAGUCAUUAAAAUAUGCCCCGUCUGUUUGUUCUCUCUCUGAUUCGUCCGACAGAGGAAAUGGCUCAGCAGCAUACUGAACAUCCCAAUCUUCUGCUUUCAUAGCGUGCUGCAAUACUUAACUUCUAAACCAUGGUUAUGGUGUGCAUCGAAACCAGCUCGAUCUGUUGUAGUUUGUGUCGUCACCCUCAAAUACUUUUCUGAGUCACGUCCACAUACGCUGCCCUCCUGUUUUGGUGUGGCAGAAGUUAGGUGAUGGCAGUUCUAUCCAGGCAAUAUUCUUCUUGUGGUGGACAAACAUUCCGCAUGACAUUUUACCUAAUUAUUCUUUUAUCCCGUUAUCAGCACUUAUUUUACGUUGACCUCCAAAUUUCGCACUAAAACUCCCUUGACGCGCAAUAUUUUGAAUUCCUCCACUACGGCAGUAAUUAUCAGCCUGUUUUUCAAUAUUCACAUUCUGUCCGAGAGCAGCAUGACUUUUCAUUAUAUUCACGAGGUACACCUCUAGCUUUUAGCGGAUCCACGAAAACGGCCGUUUCCAGUGAAAACCCUUGACUCUUACUAUUUCUCUUCAUUUGUCAAUCGGUAAUGGUGCAAUGCUUCUUCGGGAUAGGUAUUCUGGAAUGCCGCUGAACCCCGAGCAGAGGAAACCUAGUAGAGUAGAUCCUGGUUAUCAAUCUAGUUUACACAAUACGAACUGAUGGCUGCGUCGGAACCGGUGGUGCCAACACCAAAAAGCCGGUGCGCGUUAAUCUUGUGUGCAUGCUCCCACAGGCCGAGCCUUUGCUUUUGGUAGACAAAAUACUACGGCAUCAUAUUUCCGGGAUGAUAGCCAUCGUUACACAACUAUUCUGGCGGCAAUAACAAGGUUGCCGUGGAUUGCACUGGAUCCGAAAAUGUUCAUCGUGGCCAGUCCAUUAUUUAAAUGUCAUUAGACACUUUGGUCAGGGUGGACGGGUUUGAGUGUUUGUCUUAGUGGUUUGCGACACUUCACCUUGACCAUCGCUACUCGACUAGCCUCAAAAAGGGCUCCCUCAGCUUUUACGCCAGUGCACCGUGCCAGGCAAUGCUCUUCCAGGCUUCCCAGAUCUCCGAAAUAUUCGUUGGUACCCGAUAGGAGGCCUUCAAAGUGUCUUUGUACUGUCACUUUUGUCUCCUUCCCCGGUCUGCGAUCACCCGUAGCGACAUUGCCACGUAAUAAUCGUCCGGGCAGUAGGUCUUCAUCCAUUCACACAAAGUGGCCACUCCACUGCGGUUGUCCGACUUCAGCAUUGUGUAGGUGCUGAUAGCACGGGUUCAUUCCUGGACCUGUGUUUGCCGUCGUUUCCUGCCACUUCACCUUCGGCAUUCUCUGGAGACAACGAAGACGAAAGGGGUUUGACCCUCCUCACUGGCCUUCGUAUAGUUUAUGUCCCCGUGCCGUACAGACGCACAGUGCAGAUGACAAGCCUGAACAUCCUCAAUUUUGUGUUAAGAAUGAUUUUGUGGCGAUUCUGGACAGUGCUGUGGCCUGCCAGAGGUGUCGUGAGCGCUGCGGAUCUGAUUGUCGAUUUCGUCUUCAGUGUUGGUAUUUAUUGAAAUGGUGUCUUUCGGUUACGAAAAUUUGUCCGCCGAGGUAAAGCGAGCUUCGUUUACACAUACCUGUAUUUGUUAGAGUUAAUAUUUGACACCAUUUUGAUCAUGACAACUGUUUUCAUCGUCCUAAUGGUCAGUUCCGUUUAUGUGCAGUGGUGUGCAAGGAGGUCUACGCUCCACUAUAUGUCCACUUCCGUCUGCGUGUAUAACGCGUGGUCAUCUGCGAACAUCCUUCUUGGAAACUUUAAUAGAUGCCCGCAUGUGUCGGAUGUUAAGUAUGCGUCUGUUAGUUCGGCCUCUUCGCACGGAAGACGUCUAUGAGCAUUUUGGAUGACAUGCAGUUGGAAUGGACGAGGGGUAUUACGUACCUCGUUUUACCACAUUUGUUAGUUCACGGUUUUUGACAUUGCCCCAUUGUCUGUGACUCGCGCCAUCCGCCCAUUGCGUAGUUGUCUUUCCGUCCUCUCGAAUAACCCAAAAUAUCGGCAAUUCUGCUGGAGUUUCCAGAAUUCAUUGCCGUUGGCAGUGUCGAAAGUCCAUGCAAGAUCUACGAAGGUUGUGUAAAGACUGGUCCACAUUCUUUGACCUUCAUGUGCAGUUUGCCGACUGCAAACGUCAUGUCUAUGUCUCCAUGCCGCCUCCGUAGCUUACAUUUUGUUUUUGGAAGGAGUCCCUGACCGAGUGUUUGUGCAGGCAAAUGACUUUCACGGGCAAUUAUCCUGACACCAAUGGCGAGGAGAGAUUCCGCGGUGGUCAUCAUUUAGUUGACGGUCAUAACAAUUUAAAACAUCCAUGUGCAGUCGUUAAAUUAUUGUAUCGCGCUCUCAGAUGGGCAUUGUCGUUUAUACUUGCGUAGCUGAGUAGGCCCAUGCAUGACCCAAGCGGGUUUAAGAGUGCGUGUACAGUAAGGUGGUGAAAGGGAAACUCGGGCUAUGCUGUUUCACAGAAUUUCGUGCUUACGCAUAUGCCCGAAUAGGCCCAUGCGACGACUGAAUGUGCGACUGGGGUUUAAGGAGGGGAGGUAUGCGCGGUCGGUGUUUACCAAGGCCCUUGACACUAGUUUUCUAGCCAUGCUCCAAUGUACUUGCAGGUUUAGGAGGAGACCAAGGCGUAAUCGGAAUGUGCAAUCUCAAUCAGUACAAGUCGACACUGCACUAACAUUGCUGCAGGCGGCUUUCCCGUUUCAGUAUGUAAAAAUAGGUCCGACCAGGGCUAACUAAAACUGUGACGCGAUGCUACAGUUAAGAUAGGUGGAAAAAGUCAUAGCGGCAGUCAAUACAAACAGCAAACAAGUUCCAGGAAGCGGUUGAGAAAGAGACUCGGCUGUUAGCCGAUUGGCCCCUGCCAUAGCAGGAAACUUCUGGAGUUGUUUGCCGGAUCAGGCGCAGUUUCGGACAGAGUAAUUAUGUCGAAUAAUCUGGAAGAUAGCCUCAAGCAUAGGCAGUGGAACGCGCCUCAUCAGUCAGUAGGAAAGACUCCAACUCUCCAGUUGCAGCUUAAUCUACGGAGCACAGUCACAUAUUCAAGUUAGAUUUGUCCGAAACUUUCGCUCUUUAUGGCAACUGCUUGAGCUGCGAGCUACUUGAACCUUGGUCCUUUGACCCAUAGUCCAACGGCAGUAAUGAUAACUCUCUCCCUCCACAUGACCAUGGUAGUUGAUCACUCGCGAGUGCGCGGGCAAUCACUGCCCCCAGUGGCAGUUUCGAUAAGUUAAAUGGUCUGAGUAUUUUCACGCCACUUAUGAAUUCUCGACAGUGACUCAGACGCAGGCUACCAGGCAGUCACCACGCGUAGCACAAGCAUCUACGAUAAACGGCAUAGCAACACUACUAUGCGUGCAAGUACGGCGCCACUUGAAUAAACAUUUCAUUGUUCCAAAGUUUCUCCCAGUUGAAAAUUCCUUCAAACCGACGGACAACCUUCCUCCGUACAUAUAUUUGAGAGAUUUUCGUUCCCACAAGAGGGGUGUUUUCGCUCAUGCCUUCAAUAAAACAUGUCUCGAUUUAUGAAGACACCGAGAAUAUCUGAGUGGAAUCGGGGUUACAUUCAUUGUCCUUUUUAGCAAGUGUGAUUUCCGCAGGUUGUCGGGAAGAUGCAUAUUCAGAAGCCACCAUCCUGACGCAAAAUCUCGUAAUCAAACCAAACCCAAGAAGAUCAAUGUGCCGUUUCUAAUUUUACACGUCCAUCUUUUGUUUUACAGAUGACCGAUCAGGCCCAAGAUACGGACUCUGCCUCAUCCAGAGUGUUAUCUCAGAAACCAAAAAGUGCUGACUUACUAACCAGGACCAGUCAGACCACAUCCUCGUUGUCUUACAACGCAUUCGAGGGCCUGGAUACACCUUGUGGUUUGAGCCUGACGCGUCAAGAGAUAAAUCGCCUCAUAUUGGAGUAUCUAAUUGUUGAGGGGUAUAAAGAUGCAGCUGAGAAAUUCAGCCGGGAAAUCGGCGUCUCCCAGCCCCUCACAGAAAUCCACUCGACGGGAGCAAGCCUGGCCGAACGAAUGGCAAUUCGUGAAGCCGUCCUCAGUCGCCGGAUAGAUGAAACUAUAGACAGAGUCAAUGAAUUGUGGCCGGAGCUGUUUGACAAGAACCCCUACAUAUACUUUCAGGUUCGUUUACCGCUUAAUGCCAUGGUUUUUUUAGUCAUUUCAUGGCUUGUUCUGCAUCCUUUGGACCUGUCACGAUCGCAUAUACAGUGACUGUAGUGCUACCAAAUGAGCUCAAGAAAGAAUAUGUCUAUGCAUGUUCCCCGAAUAAUCUAUUUGAAUUCGUAAGGGCGUCGAAAACAAAUAAAACAGUUGCACCGCUUAACUAGUCCUUUCUGCCGAGUGUGGUUUUUGCAGGCUGCUAGUAAUAAUCGCAUUUAAAAGCCGGCACCCUAGCGUGACUGAAAUAUCUGGGGAUUAUGCUACACAAUGAUCAAUAUUUAAAUCCUGCCCAGGUAAUCCCUCUCAAUCGAAAUGUUUGCAGAAUUCCGAGUAACACUCCGUGAUAUACACCAGAUAAUGCACGGGCACGCAUGGCCACAGUCAUCUUAGUGGACACUGCGUUUUGUUGAAGUCACUUGAACGUUGCGUAGUGCUUCCCUUGUAGCUUUUCACUGCUUCCCAUUUAACCGUUUUCUUGCAUAACGGACUGAGUGGCAUUGAUUUAGUCACCGCUACUCACAACGACCCCUUUGAAAUUACUGGGUCAUGUUCCAACUAAAGGAGUAUAUAGGUAGAAAAGAUCAAUAUGAACGUACUACUCAUCUUAUGGCAUUUUCUGUGGGUCCACAUUUUCAGCUGCGCCUCCUACAGAUGCUGGAGCUCAUUCGUGCCCACCGUCUCGAGGAAGCUCUCACCUUCUCGCAAUCCUAUCUAGCUGACCUGGUCACGGAGCACCCGCAGCUACUGCAUGAGAUGCAGAAGAUUAUGUCCCUGUUGGCAUUUGAUAAGCCGAGUGAGAGCAUACACGGCAAUCUGUUGAGUGCCCGCCACGCAGAACUGAUCGCCGGCGCACUGAACCGAGCCAUUCUUUGGCAUGUGGAGAGCGGUGGAGGUGAAACUGAUGCCACUCUAGAACGCGGAUCUUCCACCUUCGGCGAGAUGGGCCAGAUUGGCUCCUCCUCCACUGUGCCCCGUCUCACCAAACUGAUGGCCCUCCUGCUCCACUUUCGAGACAUCGCCCAUCUGGACCUGCCGGCAGAGCUGGCUUCGCUGUAG